AUGGAUGGACGAGCCUGCCACAACGGUGGUCACAACAUCACGCCGCGCCUCGACUGGCCGCAUUCUCAGAACCAGUCCUUGUCCGCCGACCCGUCGUCUCGCGGCAUGGAACGCGCUUCCAUAACCAACCUGCGCACCUCCUUCCGCUCCAACCACGCAUCGAACCCCACGAUACGCGCCGUGACCCCCGAAUACCAUCACCCCGGCCUGUCACCCGCCCCGGCUGCCAACGCCGUCUUUGACCCGACUGCCCCUCUGCAGAUGCCCCGUGGUCUCACCUCAAGCUCCCCGCAAAGCUCUCCGAGAUCCAUCCCUGGGGACUUCUCGAGACGACAGGGCAUGGUCUUCAACGAUACAUACGGCGGCUCGUACGACAACAACAGCAACAACAACAACAAUAAUAACUCAGCCAGCCCUCCUGUGCGGCAAACGAGCAACUUCCGUCCAAGAACACACACCAUGGACGGCGCACUGCGACAGCAAUUCAUGAACGCCACCGCGAGAGAGGGCCGCCAGCGGGUCGGUUCCUUCUCCUCCUCUGGAUCCCAGCCACUAUUCGAUGAUGCUCGCUCUCCGCCUCCCCCCAUUGAGUCCUUAGGAUUUCCAUCCGUCGUUCCUGCUCGUCAUUCCGAGAUCCCUCAGGGUGCCACAACCAGCCUAAAGGAAAAGAAGCUGUCGACAAAGCGAUUGAUCAAGCGCCAGUCCUCUCGACCAACUUCCCCGCCCACAGCCUCGACCCCGUCGGUGGACUCGUUGCCCAUUCCUGUGCCGACUGAUAACGCCAAUAAUGUUCUGCUCAUGAUGAAAAAUCUGUGUGGGCGCAUGAGAGGCGAGAUCGAGUUUCGGACUGAACCUGCGGGGAAAUGGCAGAUCGGUAUUGCCUAUGUUGACGAAGAGAAGGGAAGCUUGAUGUUUGACUCGGGCCACGACGGUCCAUUCCACAUCCCUCUAGUUUCCGACCUACGCGGAUGCCGGGUAGCACCGCUCGAAUUGCCCGAAGGGAAAAGGUGCCUGGAAGUGUCUUGUCCCACCCAGCCCCCCUUGGACCUGCUACUACAUCCGUUGUUGGUCGAAGAACGCGACCUCUGGCUCGCGGCUCUGUUGUGUUGGCAGCAGUUGCGACCCCCAAAGGUCAGACUUUCGAACGGCAAUCGGAGCCCGGGCCCUACGUCCCUGCGCCCGGCUGUCAGGAGGCGCGGGUCCGAAAAUGGGACGAAACCCACAAACGCCCUCAUCAAGGUCGGGCAAGUGAGACUUUGGGACAAGGGAUUGGCAAGCUCGCCAAGGGCCAUCGUCAAAAGACCCUCCACUCGGGAUUUGAGGUCGCCAACCACUUCCUGGCGAGUUGUUUCUUGUCUCUUACAGGAGAAUGGUGAGAUUCGUCUCACCACGAACGACGGCGAUGCUGUUAUCGCUGUUGUCGAGCUGUCUCAGCUGUCCCGAUGUGCCAUUCAACAGCUCGACCGGUCCGUACUCGAUGAGGAAUACUGCAUCGGCAUCUUCCCCCACUACUCUCCGAUAUCCACCCAACUGUCCAUCUUCCGUCCGGUAUACAUCGCCCUCGAGAACCGCCUACUGUUUGAGGUUUGGUUCGUUCUACUCCGAGCAUUUGCGCUGCCUGACAUUUUUCGGUUGGACCCGUGCUCGGCGGAAGGUGUGGUGGAAGUCACAGACCUGGAAUCGGAUCUUGCUGGUGAAAUCUUCCGAAUCGAGAAGACGAUCAGUUUGCGGGUGACGGAGGCAAAGUUGAAGCCCAAGAACUGUUCGCCCGACGUCGGUUUCAUCGAUCGACAACAAGCCAAGGACGCUGACUCUCUGGUGGGCAACUACCUGACUGAGGUCAUUUUGGAUGGGGAGGUCCGCGCCCGCUCCACGAUGAAAACCGGAACCAAAAAUCCUUUCUGGAGAGAAGACUAUCAGUUCUCGGACCUUCCACCGACCAUGCCAUUCCUCUCCAUCAUACUGAAAAGGGUGGACGGAAAUCUCGAAAGCUUUAGCCACCAAUUGCAGGCGUCUCUCGGGCUGUCCAAAUCGAGCAGUCUCACAGAGGUUCUCUGCGGGUCGGUCGACAUUCCUCUGGACCACAUCGAACUCGGCAAAGACUUUGAGCGGUGGCUUGAGAUAUACGACGAACGGCAGCAAGUCACGGGCACAAUGCUUGUGAAGCUUCACCAUGAGGAGCUUGUUGUCCUCCACUCCAAGGAGUAUCAGGCGCUGUCAACAUUGCUUCACAGCUUUCCGUCCGGUCUCACCGCACAGAUCGCCGAAGCGCUUCCCGGAAACUUGCGGCGGCUGUCUGAGAUUUUCCUCAAUAUCUUCCAAGUGUCCGGCCACGCCAACGAAUGGCUGCAGACACUGGUAGAGGACGAGAUCGACGGUAUCGGCGGCAGCCAGAACCAGAUGAAAAAGUACCGCUUCAGCAGCCGGUUGAAGUCCAACGAGUCCAUGGAGUCGUCGAGUGACCGAGAGCAGAUCCUCCGCGACAUGGGCAAAUCCCUCGCAGGAGAGGCCAACUUGCUAUUCCGAGGCAACACCCUCCUGACCCAGGCCCUCGAGUUUCACAUGAGGCGCUCAGGGAAAGAAUACCUUGAGCAGAUGUUGCAAGCCAAGAUUUCCGAGAUCAACGAGGCCAACCCCAACUGCGAGGUAGAUCCCAGCAAGCUCAAGCCUGGUGAAAACAUCCAGGAGCACUGGACUAGGCUCAUCCAACUCACCACUGAGGUCUGGCAAUGCAUCUGCAAAGAGCCCACCAAGUGUCCGCCCGAGCUUCGGUCGAUCCUCAAGUACAUAAGGGCUGUUGCUGAGGACCGAUACGGCGAUUGGCUGCGUACCGUCACCUACACGAGCGUGUCAGGAUUCCUGUUUCUCCGCUUCAUCUGCCCCGCGAUUCUGAGUCCCAAACUUUUCGGCUUGUUGAGAGAUCAUCCUCGGCCCCGAGCACAGCGGACGCUCACGCUGGUCGCUAAGGCACUCCAAGCACUCGGGAAUCUUUCCACAUUCGGGAAGAAGGAAGAGUGGAUGGAGCCGAUGAACAAGUUCCUGGGCUCAAACCGCCAGUCAGUGAAGGACUACAUCGACAUCAUUUGUUCUAUCCCCGUCGAGCGCAACAAGGUCGCCCUAGGACCGUCCUACUCGACCCCUAUCGCGAUUCUCGGACGGCUGUCACCGACGGCUCGCGAAGGGUUUCCGGCGCUGCCUCACUUGAUCGAUCAUGCUCAGAAUUUUGCUGCGCUCGUCAAGAUGUGGACCGAGGCCAACCCCGUCGGCAAUGGCGAAGUGAUUAAGCCUGCAACAGGUGAAGAAGACAUCUUGAUAUUUAACGAGAUGUGCAUUAGCCUGCAAGAGCGCGCGGACCACUGCUACUCAAAGAUGGAUGGAUCCCUCCAUGAGACAUCGUCUCUUCCUACUUCCGAGUUCGCCGACGCGAUGGAGCAUGGCUCGGCCAUGUUGGAAUCCAUGAGCCUGUCAACCUACCACAACAGCAACUCGGCCACGAAUUCUGCGAACAACUCGACAGUCUGGUUUGAACAAGAUCAGUACCAGCCUCCCGGAUCGGCCGGAAGCGAUGUGCUCGUUGACGCCCCUUCGCGUCGGAGCCGCGAGCAUCGUCGUGGCCGGGAUUUCAGUUCUUUGAGGCAGAUGUCUGGGCACUCGGAACACUCGUCUUCACAUCUGGCCACGCUCAAGCGCAACGGCAGGGCCACUCGCCACAUUCUGUCCGGUAUCAUGAAGCCGUUUGCACGGAGCGACUCGCCUGAAUCAUCCCCACCAGCAACGCGUGGCAAGAACCUCGAGCGGUCUUGGAACACUGGCUAUUGA